CGGCCGCCGCCGCCCCUCUCCCCGCCCAGAGGCGCCCCGGGGGCACCAUGCAGGCGCAGCAGCUGCCGUACGAGUUUUUCAGCGAGGAGAACGCACCCAAGUGGCGGGGGCUGCUGGUGCCGGCGCUGAAAAAGGUCCAGGGGCAAGUUCAUCCGACUCUUGAGUCUAGUGAUGAUGCUCUUCAAUAUGUUGAAGAAUUAAUUUUGCAGUUAUUAAAUAUGCUAUGCCAAGCUCAGCCCCGAAGUGCUUCAGAUGUAGAGGAACGUGUUCAAAAAAGUUUCCCUCAUCCAAUUGAUAAGUGGGCAAUAGCUGAUGCCCAAUCGGCUAUUGAAAAGAGGAAGCGAAGAAACCCUUUAUCUCUCCCAGUAGAAAAAAUUCAUCCUUUACUAAAGGAGGUCCUAGGUUAUAAAAUUGACCACCAGGUUUCUGUUUACAUAGUAGCUGUAUUAGAAUACAUUUCUGCAGACAUUUUAAAGCUGGUGGGGAAUUAUGUACGAAAUAUACGGCAUUAUGAAAUUACAAAACAAGAUAUUAAAGUGGCAAUGUGUGCUGAUAAGGUAUUAAUGGACAUGUUUCAUCAAGAUGUAGAAGAUAUAAAUAUAUUAUCUUUAACUGAUGAAGAGCCUUCCACCUCAGGAGAGCAAACUUAUUAUGAUUUGGUAAAAGCAUUUAUGGCAGAAAUUCGACAGUACAUAAGGGAACUAAAUUUAAUUAUAAAAGUUUUUAGAGAGCCCUUUGUCUCCAACUCAAAAUUGUUUUCAGCUAAUGAUGUAGAAAAUAUAUUUAGUCGUAUAGUAGAUAUACAUGAACUUAGUGUAAAGUUACUGGGCCAUAUAGAAGAUACUGUGGAAAUGACUGAUGAAGGUAGCCCCCAUCCCUUAGUAGGAAGCUGCUUUGAAGACUUAGCUGAAGAACUGGCAUUUGAUCCAUAUGAAUCAUAUGCUCGAGAUAUUUUACGGCCUGGUUUUCAUGAUCGCUUCCUUAGUCAGUUAUCAAAGCCUGGAGCGGCACUCUAUUUACAGUCAAUAGGCGAAGGUUUCAAAGAAGCUGUUCAGUAUGUUUUACCCAGGCUACUUCUAGCCCCUGUUUACCACUGUCUACAUUACUUUGAACUUUUGAAGCAGUUAGAAGAAAAGAGUGAAGAUCAAGAAGACAAGGAAUGUUUGAAACAAGCAAUAACAGCUUUGCUUAAUGUUCAGAGUGGUAUGGAAAAAAUAUGUUCUAAAAGUCUUGCAAAACGAAGACUGAGUGAAUCUGCAUGUCGGUUUUAUAGUCAGCAAAUGAAGGGGAAACAACUAGCAAUCAAGAAAAUGAACGAGAUUCAAAAGAAUAUUGAUGGUUGGGAGGGAAAGGACAUUGGACAGUGUUGCAAUGAAUUUAUAAUGGAAGGAACUCUUACACGUGUAGGAGCCAAACAUGAGAGACACAUAUUUCUCUUUGAUGGCUUAAUGAUUUGCUGUAAAUCAAAUCAUGGGCAGCCAAGACUUCCUGGUGCUAGCAAUGCAGAAUAUCGUCUUAAAGAAAAGUUUUUCAUGCGAAAGGUACAAAUUAAUGACAAAGAUGACACCAGUGAGUACAAGCAUGCUUUUGAAAUAAUUUUAAAAGAUGAAAACAGUGUUAUAUUUUCUGCCAAGUCAGCUGAAGAGAAAAACAAUUGGAUGGCAGCAUUGAUAUCUUUACAAUACCGGAGUACACUGGAAAGGAUGCUUGAUGUGACGAUGCUGCAGGAAGAGAAGGAGGAGCAGAUGAGGCUCCCUAGUGCUGAUGUUUAUAGAUUUGCAGAGCCUGACUCUGAAGAGAAUAUAAUAUUUGAAGAAAACAUGCAGCCCAAGGCUGGAAUUCCAAUUAUCAAAGCGGGAACUGUUAUUAAACUUAUAGAGAGGCUCACGUACCAUAUGUACGCAGAUCCCAAUUUUGUUCGGACAUUUCUUACAACAUACAGAUCCUUUUGUAAACCUCAAGAACUACUGAGUCUUAUAAUAGAAAGGUUUGAAAUUCCAGAGCCUGAGCCAACAGAAGCUGAUCGCAUAGCUAUAGAGAAUGGAGAUCAGCCCUUGAGUGCAGAACUAAAAAGGUUUAGAAAAGAAUACAUACAGCCUGUACAGCUGCGAGUAUUAAAUGUAUGUCGGCAUUGGGUAGAGCACCACUUCUAUGAUUUUGAAAGGGAUGCAGAUCUUUUGCAGCGAAUGGAAGAAUUUAUUGGAACAGUGAGAGGUAAAGCAAUGAAAAAAUGGGUUGAAUCCAUCACUAAAAUAAUCCAAAGGAAAAAAAUUGCAAGAGACAAUGGACCAGGUCAUAAUAUUACAUUUCAGAGUUCACCUCCCACAGUUGAGUGGCAUAUAAGCAGGCCUGGGCACAUAGAGACUUUUGACCUGCUCACCUUACACCCAAUAGAAAUUGCUCGACAACUCACUUUACUUGAAUCAGAUCUAUAUCGAGCUGUACAGCCAUCAGAAUUAGUUGGAAGUGUGUGGACAAAAGAAGACAAAGAAAUUAAUUCUCCUAAUCUUCUAAAAAUGAUCCGGCAUACCACUAAUCUCACUCUGUGGUUUGAGAAGUAAAGUUUCCAUUUGGUUCCUUUUAUCAUUGCUGUGUCUUUUAUGUCAUCGUCGUCCUAUCUUCCUGUACUUUCUAAAUCACACUUUCUCUCCUUUAGUUCUGUGAACAUAUUCAAUAAUGGCUACUUUGAAAUCUUUUUCUUUGAAUUUAUCAAUGAAAGAAAAACAAUCUACUCUUUCUUGUUUCCUUUCACAGGCAGCGAUACCAUCUUUAUCCAAGUUUCACUGCCCCAUGGCCCAAGAUCUGCUUCAGUAUCGUCUAUAAGUUUAACCAAGGGCACUGAUGAAGUGCCCCUCCCCCCUCCUGUUCCUCCACGAAGACGGCCGGAAUCUGCCCCCGCCGAAUCUUCGCCGUCUAAGAUUAUGUCUAAGCAUUUGGACAGCCCCCCAGCGAUUCCUCCUAGGCAGCCCACAUCCAAAGCCUAUUCACCACGAUACUCAAUAUCAGACCGGACCUCUAUAUCAGACCCUCCUGAGAGCCCUCCCUUAUUACCACCGCGAGAGCCUGUGAGGACACCUGAUGUUUUCUCCAGCUCCCCGCUACAUCUCCAGCCUCCCCCUUUGGGCAAAAAAAGCGAUCAUGGCAAUGCCUUCUUCCCAAACAGCCCUUCCCCUUUUACACCACCUCCUCCUCAAACACCGUCUCCCCAUGGCACGAGAAGGCAUCUGCCGUCGCCACCAUUGACACAAGAAGUGGACCUUCCUUCCAUCACUGGGCCGCCUGUUCCUCCACGACAAAGCACUUCUCAACAUAUCCCUAAACUCCCUCCAAAAACUUAUAAAAGGGAGCACACGCACCCAUCCAUGCACAGAGAUGGACCACCGCUGUUGGAGAACGCCCACUCCUCCUGAGUCGCUCUGUUCCAGGACGGACGUUUCGCUGGCCGCAGACCCAGUGCUGGCGAUGGGCGCACUGAGCGAGCCGGCUUGGGGGGGUUGAAACGACAGCUCCCAACACUACCGACUCUGCUUCAGGAUGCAGCGUGAGACAACGAACCUUACCCGAGACGUAAUUAUACGUGAAAAUGGUAUUCGUUUCGAAUCUGGGAAGACCGAUCUAGAGGAGUUGGACAACUGAUUGCACCUGAGAUCGAGGAGAGGGACUUCUUCCAGCCAAGAGGCAGGAGUCCCCUUUUUGUGAAGUGAUCUUGAUCAUUAAAGGGAUGGAAAACACAGUCCAGUGUCCAGCAGGCCCACAUGAUGACAGCUCUUGUAAUUCAAGAUAUGCACUUUUUAAAAAGAAAUCUUAAACAGGGAUCUUCAUAUCUCCUUUGUUUUCCUUUGCUUUUACUCGUCCUACUUUAAAAUAUUUUCUUAGAAGUCGUUCCGAGGCCUGUGAGGAGCGGCUGUGGUGCCUGAGCUCUGGAGCCCGGGCCCAGCACUGCGGCCGUCCUGUUUCCAGACUGUCACAGUGAAGGGAUGGGUACCGAGGCUGCACCAAAGAGGUACUUGUGGUUUUUUUGUUCUUUUCGUUCUUGUUUUCUCUCUUUCUUUCUUUUUUUUUUUUAGGAGUAAUUAUACUGAUUUUAAGAGCAUUCCCCCACCCCCCCACACAAACAAAACGUGGUGGUAUUGCCUUCAAACGAGAGAAGCUGUGUGUCAUUAAGGUGACAGAAGAACUUUUUUAAAAAUGUAACUGUCAAGUAUACGAUUUACACUUAGGAGACUGUUAAUCUGUGCUAGAUUGUUACUUUCCCCCCUUCUCCCACAAAAGUUUACUGAUAAUCCGUGUCAUGGCUCAUAGCUGUCCCUCCGCCCAGACUCCGGAAACGCAGUCACCCGGUGUGAAAAGGAGCGCUUGCUGGGCGUCGCUGACACGGUCAUGUUUUACUGAUAGUUGAGUAAUCAGCGUAUCUAGAAUUACCUUGCAUUGCCGAAAUCAUGUGUAUAUAGUGAAUGUUAUGGUCUGUUUUAAUUUAAUUGAAUAAAGAUACAAAUACUUUGUUUGGCUGGCAUAUAUUAAAUUAUUAUAUGGAGAAAAUGGUUGAUUCUUAUUUCUUUCAGUUGAAGCACACACACACACACACACACAUACAUGCAAACACUAAGCAUAAAAGCACGUAUUGUGGUACGCCUUGGUUUCUAGUUCUGGAUGUAUGUAUUCAUCUUAAAGAAUGAUCUAAAGUUACAGUUUGGCAUGUAGGAAAAAAUUGGGUUAGAACAGGAUGGGUAUCUUUUAAGCAGAACUUUGGAAGUUUUUUAAUUUCCUAGGCAGCGUGUAUACAGUUUGUUAGUUUAUAUUAAACAUUCUACCUUGCUUGAGGUCUUUGCUCUAUCAAAACUAUUCAUAAUAGAACAUCUGCCUACAUCAUUAGUAUCAUAAUACAGAUUAUUCAUUAAACCUAUGUACUGAUCUUCUGAGUCUAACCAAUACCGUGACUGAAAUGCAUGCAACUUGUCAGAGAGAAAAAGUUUUAUUAAUCUCCACUACAAUGUCUGUGCAGUGUGUAGUAUUCCAUCAUUAGAGAGUCAUCAGUCCAUCAGUAUCUGCAUGUGUCCUCACAAUAAUGAAGCGACAUCUCAGCAGUUCUGUUAACCAUGCCAUUAGAGACAUCUGUAGACGCGCUGCACCAUGGUGGAAACUAGUACUUUAAUAACUUCCUGUGAUAUUUAUUAGAGCAUUAAAUGUACAUCCCAGUAGUACAGUAUAUAGUCCUUUGAGACCAGAAUGUUGAUUGCAUCAUCAUUAAGCAAUCCAUCCUAUCAUAUCCUUUGUUAUUUAUUUGUUAGAGUUGAACCCUUUUUUGUUUAAUACCUGUACCAUUCCUGUUAUGGUAGCCAUUUUUCUCUUUGUAAAAUGUCUCCUUUUAAAAGUCUCCCAAAAAAUUAAUUUCAAAUCGACUCUUGUACACAAAGUGUCCAUAAGACCAUUCAUUCAACAAGUGUUUAUCUAAGCCUACUUACUAGUGCUGCUGCAAUUAAUCAUAAUACACAUUCCAGAAUCCCCCAUGACUUUUUAUUAGAUCGGCCUCAUUUUCCCUAGGAUUUCCGUUUAUAUGUCUUAUUGAUCACUUCUCUUUUUAAUUACCCCGUACCCCACUCCAAAUGAGAACCUGAGACGUCACAUUGGAGCCCAUUCAAUAUCUCUCUGGCCAGUGCGUUAGCCUUCAAUAAUGCUUUUCAACCCGCCUGAUCUUUUAAAGAGGAAAAGCUCAGAAUUGGAGUUCUAAUCCUACUUAUCCCAAAGGGGACCAUUCUCCUACCCCAGUGGUUCUAGGAGACCACUUCACUGUGCAUCAGCAUUGUGGAUAGAGGAUAUUUUUAUUCUGAAGUUGACAUUUUGGGUAAAAAUAUUUUCUGCAGUGGUAACUGAUUAGAAAAAAUCCCAAUUGGAUGCCCUUAAACGGAGGUGAGAAAACUGUAUCCUUGCCUUCUUCAUACGUGAAACAUUAACUAGCUGACAAAUUUAUUCUUUGUAGUAACUAAAAUAUACUUAUUCAGGGACAAGAAGUGGCUGAGAAGAGAACUGCAUCACCACAAAAUUCCGCUUUUGAAUCCGGGACAUUACAAGACAGUCAGUGUGGCAUGACUAUUUCUAAACCACAUUCCAAAAUAUGGGACAUUUCUUUUAGAAAUGGAAAUGUUCUUAGAAGAUUCAUUAUCCUCGGAUCACAAAAUAAAAACAUUUCAAGGUUGAAUAUACUUAAGCGGGCUGAUAAACAAUAACAAUAGAAAGGGAGGCUUUUCACAUCUAAGCACUUUUUAAAACAGGAACAGAUAAGUGUAUGUUUCUAAGUUUAUUGAAAGACAGAUAAUUGACUGUUCCCAGCCGUCCUGAUGUAUUUUAAGAGUACAAACUUAUCAGGAAGUAUACAAGCAUUAAAAGUUUGCUUAAUUAAAGGUUGUUGGGUAUCAAGUUAUGUGUUUAGUGGGAUACUAUGCUGUAACAGCUCAAGAAUGUGCUAAUGGAUAUGAAUUUAGGAAAGAGCACGCCACACUAAAAACUACCAUCAACACAACAGUCUAGUGAAAAAGUACUAUUUCACUCGGAAGCUAUAUUAUGGUUCUAAAUUCUUCCUUUAUGGGUUUUUCCACAAAUUGAAAGUUACACAAACCAAAACUUAGCUGGUUAUCUAUGACCAUGAUCUUAAUUCUCAAGUUUAGCUUACUUAGGUCAUGUAUUUCAUCCUUUUAAUGAUAGCUUAAAUUCAGUUUUAAGUGGCUCAGCAAAACAAAUCAUGGAAAGGGAGGGAGAGGUUCCCAGUUUGUGUGUGUUGUAUAUGUAUUGGGGAAGACCUUUUAUUUCCUCCUGAUUUAGAAAGAAAGAAAUUUAGCCAUUUAUUUCUUGGUAUUCUGCUGCUACGGGUAGGCUCACUUAUUCUUCUAACCUAUAUUGUGUGGCUGUUGCACAAGUGUAGGUCCUGUUGCACGUUAAUCUUUACCAGUAAAAGAAACAUCGCCAGGUUAAUACCGGUUUGGCUGAAAGAAUUAUGCAGUAGAAUUAUUUAUAAGGGAAAGUGAUGACUUCGUUUAUUUAUUCAGUAUUUUUUUUUGAAACAUCUCCUUACUAACUUAAAAUCAUUUCAUAAUCCCUUAUACAUGAGCCCAUGAAAUAUUUUGAGCUCUAGUUAAGAAGCAUGAAGUCUAGAUGAUAAAUCUAAACAAAAGCACUUGUAACUUGUUUUGUAAGUUUCAUGCCUUAUUUUCCAUUUUUGACACCGUAAAGUGCAUUUUCUGUCGACUGUGAGCAAAUUUCCCUUUGCCUUUAAUGAAAAUAGUGCAUUAAAUAGCCAAUUGCUGCAGAAUUAUAAAGCAAGUUAGCUAAAGGUGGAUCACCUUGGACUACCACUCAAAGAAACAAGAUGCAGAGGACGGAAGUCACAUGGGGCGUGGCUUUAGGGACAGUGCACCUGUGUCAGAUGCAUGCCACUUUCAGUAGCUGCCAAAUGUGCCUUUAAUUAAGAACAUCUCUAAUUUUUUUCUUCAGAUCAAGUCAGCAUUUGGGGGCGGGAUCAGGGCAGGGGACCUUGGGGUGCAAAUAUCUGGUGAAAUUCACCAGAGAAGAAGCCUUUGUCAAAGUGACAUGUAUAACUUCAGUUGAAACGUACUUGUGUAUAUAUAUAUGUGUGUGUGUGUGUGUGUGUGUGUGUGUAUUUGCCUUUGUUUAGUAGCACGGUAUAUUUGCUAAAAUAAUUGUCCAAAAAAUUGCUCUGUCAGUCUUACUCUGAUGUAAAAACAAAGUGCAGUCUAUACAUCUAAUAUGGCCUUUGUACCUAACCAUGUUCGUAGGUAAUCUUUGUACUCUGUGUGCAGCAGUAUUUGGUUUGCAUUUAAAGUGAAAAUAAUGGCUGUUAUUUUUCUGGCAUUGCUAAGAUAAACCGAAAAAUAAUAAAGAAAAAUGCCUUACAUAGUCCACAAA